AACUCCCACAACUAACUCGAAGUCAUCAUUAAUCCCUAUAAGAUCUUCACUUCUUUUCCUUGUCUUUAAUUUAUCUUUAAAAGUUUUAUUUUUUUUCUGUAAAAAUCUCACAAAAGUACAAAGGAAGAAGAACGAGAAGAGAAACCCUAACAUGGGACAAAAUAAACAAGUCCAGAAAGAUUCUCCGUUAUAUGAACAAAGUACUAUCAUUUUGGCUUCAAGUCAAAAUGAAAAACUUGUUGAGAUAGAGAAAGAGAAGAGGCUUGCGUUGAUAGAUGCAUGGGAAGAGAACGAGAAGGCAAAAGCUCAAACCAAGGCUUACAAAGAACUUUGCUCCAUUGAAUCAUGGGAGAAUAACACGAAGACAGCUCUAGAGUUAGAUUUGAAGAAAAUGGAGGAGAGUUUAGAAGUGGAGAAAACUGAAUACUCAAAAAAAUUCAAGAAGAAAAUACCAGAAAUUGAGAAGAUUGCAGAAGCUAAAAGAGAAAAAAUAGAGAAACAAAAGGAGCAAGAAUCUAUCAAAGUGGAAAAAAUAAGUGAGAAGCUAAUUGCAACUCCAAAUGCAUAUCCACCCAACACCAAAACCUGUGGAUGUUUCUAAAACAUUUAUAUCCUCCUUUCAUGGGUCACUUCUCGGCCCAUCAAAUAUAUUAUUGGGCUUUCCUUAUACCCAAACAAAUAAUGAAAAGAAUCUAUGUGUAAGGUUGAACUUUCAAGCAUCAAUGUAUCAUUCAAUCAAUGUGUAUGUAAUAUGACUCUAUGACUCAUGCAUUCAUGCUCAAUUUCUCUACUAAAGUAUAAAACCUUUAGUUAUUGUA